GUUAGAGGCAAAAUGGCCGACCUGUUCGAACCUGAUGUCGGAACUGCAUAUUACAGGUCUUCUGACCCUGUAAAGAAUCUCAAAAUAUGUGUGAAGUUGGACAGAAUCACAUCCACAAGCCUGGUCCCAACUGCAGCAACAGGUGUGGGUACAGCUCCAGCUGGUGGGGGCGAUGUGGCCAGCCACACCUCUGGGGAUGAGAUGGAGAUGCAGGACCGGAACAAACCUGGCCUAAAGGACAAGGAGGAGACAGUCAUCAGCUGGCAGCAGAAAAUAUUUAGUCAAAGAGAAAUCGACUAUUAUAAACAAGACAUUGAUUGGAUGAAUCCUGUUGAUAAGAAUUAUCACAUAGAAGUUACAAAACUGUUGAGCAAAGGUAGACCAAGAAACAGAUUGUUCACAUAUGUUGACCAUGAUUCAUUUUCACAGGAAGAUAAGGCCACAGAAUAUCUCACAACCUCACCAAAUGAACAUCCGACAUUUCUCUCAGAAAAGAUGGCUCAUGUGCGGAAGAGAAGGGUUGGCACAGGAAACAAGCAGAAAAGAGAGAGGGACCAUACAUUUGUGCCAAAACUUAACAUAAUAGAGGAUGACCCAAAUGAGGAAUUGAUCUUGCGGAACCAUUUAGGGUCGACUCCAAUACAGGUCAUGCACAUUAUGGCUGACCUCAGUCCUGGAAAAGGAGCACCUGCCCUGGAUGAGGAGGAGGUGGUGUUGUGUACUAUACAGAUCAAGGGUGACGGGGUGCUCUCCAUACACCCGGACUUCAACAGGGGACGCAAGGCUUACGUCAAGGAAUCUCAGAAACAGUUUGGCAAGGAGGUGUUUGAAUACAUACUAGAUCAUGCUUCCAAAGAGAUGAACAGACAGGAGGCGGACCGCGAGUUGAAGAUGUUCCGGGAGGUGUAUUCUCGACACAAAGAUUUCCUCCAGGCCUGUGUUGGUGGAGACUUUGACAUGCCAGGACCAGAUGUCUUGCGCAUGCUGGUGUAUGGGGAAAUAGAGUCGGCAAAGAACUUUGAGUAUGAUGACCUUUAUCUUCACUUCUUUGUCGAUCUCCCAAAGUACUGGACGGUGGAGAGACAACAGCCCAUGUCCUGGAUCACACAGACCUGCUCCACCAAGGUCCUCGGACGGGACGAUGUUGCCUACUUCAGUUUUCCAUUCCAUUUUGAGGCAUUCUACCAUAAUGAUAAUCUGGAUGAGGAGGAAAAGGAGUUGGAAAUACCUCGUUUCCCCACCAUCAUGGUUGAAGUAUUGUCACUGGACUCAUGGCAGCGGUACAGGACAGAGGGAUACAGCUACCUCACAGUGCCUGGACAGCCAGGUCGUCACCAGGAGACGAUUCAGUGCUGGCGGCCCAUGGGCUCCAGUGUCACCUCCCAGCUACGCAGGUUCUUCAUUGGUGGCUCCCCAGAGCUGGAGGAUCCCACAUACCAGGCCAUACCAUCCACAUUCCAGGGGAAGUAUUUAAGCAAGUAUGGAUUCAAGACAGAGUCUACAGGCAGUGUUGAUAUCAGCCUCAAUGUCAUUAUGCAGUCCAGGGCAUUCCGAGACAAGAAAGCCAACAGACAGUCCCUGAGUUCACUGCUGGAGGCUCUUGGCAUAAAUGCAGUACAGCAGAACAUCUCCAAUGUCCUAGAUGCCUUCAAGAAAGCUCGCCAGAGAAUGUUACAGACGAGAGAAAAUGUUUCGCAAGGCAUGUUAAAGACUGGUUCAAAAACUACAACUGCCUAGUGUAGAUGUUUGGUGACAUAUUAUUUCCGUCCAUAUUACCAACCUUGUUAGAAAUCAUGUGUGAGGAUUAUCAUUCAAAUAACAGUGGUUACUGAAUGACUGUGAUACAGAAAUGCUAGUAGUGAUAUUGGAGAGACAUUGAUGAACUUGUAGUCAAGAAGAUAAGGAGUGUUGUAUUAACAUAUUAGUCACAUCUUUGAAAAUAGUGUAUAUUUGAAUUAUUGUUUGUAUAUAUUUUUUUUAUUUAUUAGAGGCUAAAAUCAUGAAUAAAUUUUCAAAGCUGUA